AUGAUUAAUUCUAUGUGUGGAAGCGUGGCGAAUGUGAAGAGUGAGAUGGGGAGUCUAAAGACUGAGAUCUCAUGCACCAAACUCGGACCAACUUCUCCUGAUGAUCAAUCCGUAUCUGAAUCCAAGAAGACGACUAGUUUAACACCAUCAAGCCUGAGCUUCCCGCCAAUCAAAUUUGAAGUGGACGGAGACGUGGAAGUCAAGUCACCGGAUAGUUCAUUAUGGGAGUCAUUUUUCUCCGAUCACGACGGCGACUUCAUGAUAUCAUCACCGGUGAGGAACCUACCCGCCUCACCUCAAGCUUCCAGUUACAAUUACAAUUACAAUUACAACUCAGUUCAAUCAGUGCAUGGACAGUCUCUCUUGGGUUGCUCUCCUCCUCGAGUUUCGUAUCAACUCGGAGCUGCUUGUAGCAGCAAAGGGAAGGGAAUGAGUCCACUGCAUAAGGUUUUCAGCUCUCCUAAUAAUUAUCAGCAUAUGCAAACUUCUGAGAGCCUUUCGCUGCCUGCUCUCGAGAGUUUCUUGGAUGAUGACAACUAUGAUGAGAGGAAUAUUGAUGAUGAUUUCAUAGACUACCACGGAGUGCUGAAGAAUUCGGGUCUUGGAAGUUCUUCAUCGGAUGGUACUGCUUUUGAUACACUCACUACAAUUCCAGCAUUGUUGGAGUGCUUGACAGAAGUGCCAAAUACGUCGAGGUUCUGUGGAUCGGUGAGCGAAACGUCGGUCCCCGGAAGUAGUUCACAACUGAGUCAAGAGAGUACUGACGGCCAUUAUCAGAUGGGAUCUGUUGCAAGUGCAACAUUAUCGCAACAACUGGAACAAGAACGAAAGCAGGAGAAGCAACAACAAGAAGAGCAAACACACGACAUCAACCAAAGCUUCAUGGUGCCUCUCCCUGUUGUGCCCGACCAGGAACAAGAUAGUGGACUUCAGCUGGUGCACCUCCUACUUGCUUGUGCCGAAGCAGUUGCAAAAGAGGACUACAUGUUAGCAAGGAGAUACAUCCACCAGCUCAAUCGAGUGGUGACGCCCCUCGGCGACUCCAUGCAACGCGUGGCCUCAUGCUUCACCGAAGCCCUAAGCACGAGGCUUGCCGCCACCCUAACCACCAAAUCCAGCACCUCUGGAUCCACUGCAAAGCCGCCCUUUACUCCUUUUCCUCCAAACUCACUAGAAGUCCUCAAGAUUUACCAAAUCCUAUACCAAGCCUGCCCAUACAUUAAAUUCGCUCAUUUCACGGCGAAUCAAGCAAUCUUCGAGGCAUUUGAAGAUGAAGAGCGUGUUCAUGUCAUUGACCUACACAUCCUUCAAGGAUACCAAUGGCCUGCUUUCAUGCAAGCCCUAGCUGCUCGACCGGGGGGACCUCCAUUCCUCCGCAUAACCGGAGUUGGCUCCGACAUGGAGUGCGUGAGGGAGACUGGUUGGUGUUUAACCGAACUGGCCCACUCUCUCCGCAUCCCAUUUGAAUUUCACCCGGUUGGUGAACAACUUGAAGACCUGAAACCACACAUGUUCCAAAGACGUGUUGGUGAAGCCCUAGCAGUUAAUUCUGUUAGCCGUCUCCAUAGUGUUCCCGGCAACUGUCUCAGUAACCUAUUAGUAAUGAUCCGAGACCAAGCACCAAGCAUAGUGACCAUUGUUGAACAAGAAGCAAGCCACAAUGGACCCUACUUCUUGGGCCGGUUCCUCGAGGCAUUGCACUAUUACUCGGCCAUUUUUGAUUCAUUAGACGCCACUUUUCCACCGGAUUCAGCGCAGAGAGCGAAGGUAGAGCAGUACCUAUUUGCACCGGAGAUAAGAAAUGUAGUGGCGUGCGAGGGGCCGGAGAGAGUAGAGAGGCAUGAGAGGUUGGAGAAGUGGAGGAAGGUAAUGGAAGGAAAAGGGUUUACAGGGGUGCCAUUGAGUGAAAACGCUGUGACUCAGUCUAAAAUAUUGUUGAGUGUGUAUUCAUGUGAUGGUUAUAGCUUGAAAGAGGACAAGGGUUGCUUGCUUCUGGGGUGGCAGGACAGAGAUCUUCUAGCUGCUUCUGCAUGGCGAUGCUGA